AUGGAAGACAACAACAGGAGACAUGAAGGGAUGGCUGUUGGAGUCUGUUCGACCCAUUCUACUGGCUCUUACUGGAAAACACAAGCUACGGUCGCGGCCAAACGUGGACUUCAUGACGAUGGCCUACGAUGCCCUUCUUCGGCCGAACUUCAUGCUCGGAAUAACUGCAAUGGGCUGAUAAAGCUCCUAACGAAGGAAUACACCGUGGGUGUACAACUGCGGACACAGCCUCAUGGGAGAGCGUAUCCCUCAUGGGAGAGCGGAUACGAGCGAAGGCAGACAGGGCCAAGGAACGUUGACAUCCUCACAACAUUGAAUAUUACAUCCUGCCCCUGA